AUCAAAAUAAUAACUGAAUUAAAUAAAAUAUGUUGAUAAGAACUGAAUAAUAUCAAAACUGUGAAUGUCUGAAGUGAACAUUGUGUGCAUGAUAUCAAAUGAUUUGAUUAUGAAUUUAGAUUCAGUUUAUAUGGAUGUUCGACGCAUUAGAUAUGCUUACUCAGCUUUACCGCUGAGCGUGUAGUAUGUUUUAAUUGCUACACGCAGGUAAACAGAAAGAACAAUGUGAUCCUGGUGGCAGAUGAGGCGAGAUUGUCGGGAUGGAUGUGACAAGUUUUGAAAUGAAUUAUGAUAUGUCAAUUUUUAAUUCGCUUCCGCAAUAUUGUUGAAUACUCCGUACUCUAUAUGUUAUGAAAAAUAUUAUUGGGAUUAAUAAAGUGUGUUUGAAAAGUUUUAAAUUUUUACGAUUACCAAGUUAAAUACUUUAGUCCGAAUGGGGCUGCAGACCUGGACGGAUUAGGGUGUUACAAUGACGGUGUGUUCACAUCCGCACAUGGGCAGAUAUUAUCUAGAGUUUCAACGCUCUUCCUACGACUUCUUCGUUUUUACAGCUUACGGAGAAAGUACGGUGUAUGUUAAGCUGGUUAUGGGAACCGCCAUAGCGUGGUCACUGUCGCACGUUGGGUUAGACUUAACUAAGUCUUGGUCAAAUGGAUGGACGACUCAGAGGCAGUAAGUUGGGGUCAUCAAUGACAAGUCGGAUGAUUUUACUCACUCAUCCAGCCAGGAGUUGGAUCUUUAUGAUUUAAUUGGAACUCUGUUCCUAACCAAAGUAGUCUGCUUGUAAGACGUGCCUCAGCCAAUUACAAGUACGGUGAAAAGGUGUCCUGGUCCGAUUGUAGUAAUAUUGUUCGCCCAACACCAGACCAAGAGCUGAGAGCCCAGCUCAUCAGUUGGAACUAUGUUCCUACCUAAAUAGUUGUCUUGUGGAGUAACGCCCAAGCGGAACGCAAGAUAAUGAAAUAUGGAUCUUGGC